AUGAGGAUGAGGCUAUUCACAGGCGCGGAGAUCGCCCUAUUGAUCUCGCUACUAUUCGCGGGAUCCAACGCAACUCCGUGGAUUGGAACGCAAUAUGUCGAGGUAUUCGAAACAACCGUCGUUGAGGGGUUAACCCGUUCAUAUCUCACGAGGGCUCCUCUCGUCGAAACCUCAUUCAUCCCCAUUAAUCCAACUGCAACCAACCCCUCGGUAAUCAGCACUUUCACCACAAUCGAGGGCUACAGCUCCGAUGUGACGGCCAUCAACCUCGUCGUUGCCCCUACAGCGGGCGUUCCAGUGGGCACUAGCAACGACUAUUACCAAUACUAUGUCGAUGUAACAUACACGGCGCCUGCAUCAUGCUCCUAUACCGCAAGCGCGACGCUUACGACAGCUAUCCCGGUUUAUAUGAACUACUACGCGGAACGAUUGAUCCGUCCUACGACUGUCGUCACCAGCACGGAGACAUUCCAGUACAUCACCAACCAGAUCACCUAUACCCGGGCGAUGCUCAAUCCCAGCGAUGUCCCCAGCAGCAUCCUCGCUUCUGUCAGCUCGCAGUUCAAGCCGGCGCGAUAUACUUCUUGCGUGCGAAACUAUUACAGUGGUGGUUCUUCCAGCGGUAGCUCUUCCAGCAGUGGCAGCAGUAGUGGCAGCCAUGCUGGCUGUGACGAAUUCACUUGGUAUAUCGGUGGCUCGGCCUUCUCAGGCGGAUACUGCUGCUCCGACGGCUGCCAUUAUACAUGGGGUAUCUCACCAGUCGGCCUCGUCCUAGCCAUCUUCUUCUCCUGGUUCGGCUUCUUCCUCAUCAUCGGUUUUAUCGAGAGUUGGAUCAUUUUCCGGCGCGCCAUGGUCGGUCAAAAGGUUCGACGUGGAUUGCCGUACGCCUGGGCAUUCCUGGCUCCGAUUCUGUCUUGUUUCCUCCUUCUCACGGUGAAGAAGUACGAUGCCAAGACGCCGGAUCAACAAACUUGGCUGGAGGGGAGAUGGAAGGCUAUGUCGGGUGGUGCAAAGGUGGGAUUGUGGUUGAAGAAGUUCUUUAAUCGUCGUGAUCCUGCUGCUGAGGCUCUGGGUUUCACUGGGCCAGUACCGCCUCCUCAGGCUCAGGCACAGUACCCUCAGGGUCCUUAUUAUCCUCCUACGGGCUCUCCUCCUCCAAGUACUCCCGGUGCGCCGCCUAUGUCUGCCUAUCCCCCGCCUGAACAGGGAUACCCUCACCAAGCAUAUUCUCCUCCGCCAGCGCAUGUCGUACCUCAGACAGAUCGGGCAACGGAGCUCAGUGCGGACACUCGGGCUAAGACAGUCUCUGUGAAUGAGACUGAGAGAAGUCAUGAGUUGCAAUAG